AUGAAAAAUGGCCACGUUUAAUGUUGAUGAAAAUUAUUUUCCAGAUUCUGUUAAAAAUAAUGACAGAACAGAAUGGGUUCCACUUACUUUAACAUUAGUAGAAUAUCCAAAAGGAGAUAUAAUAGGAAAGUUUUUAGCCCUAAUUAGUCUGGCUCCUUUUGGAAUUGGAUCUGGUUUCAUAGCACUAAUUCUUUUUAGACGCGAUUUACAUACAAUUACUUUUUUCUUGGGAACAUUAUGCUCAGAGGCUCUUAAUUAUUGCUUGAAACAUACUAUUUGUGAGACAAGACCACUAAGACGUGAAAAUAUUUUUGUUGAGUAUGGUAUGCCAUCUUCACAUGCUCAAUUUGUUUGGUUUUUUGCCACCUAUAUAAUUUAUUUUGUUUUUAUAAAAUUACAUCACAUGAAUAAUAACACAAUAAUAGAAAAUUUAUCAAAAUUUUUAAUAAUUUCCUCCUCAUUAUUAAUGGCACUUUUAGUUAGCGUAAGUAGAAUAUAUUUAGAGUACCAUACUAUUUGGCAAGUACUAUGGGGAGCAAUUGUGGGAAUAUUAUUUGCAACGUUUUGGUUUGCCUUAACAUACUUAGUGUUUACACCUUUGUUUCCACAAAUUGUCUCUUGGAAAAUCUCUGAGAUACUUUUACUGAGGGAUACAACUCUAAUUCCAAAUGUUUUAUGGUUCGAAUAUACAAAUACGAGACAGGAAGUUAGAGCAAGAAGUCGAAAAUUAGUAAGCAUGAAAUCACAAUGACAUUUACUGGACAACGGUUUCAACUUUAUGUUACCAAACAAUAUGGUCAGAAGUAUUAAAACUUUUAUUUACUGGCCCAGAAAACGGUAAUCUAAACAGAAACUGUUAAAAGUGAAAUAUUAACAAUCAAUAAUUAUUUUUGUAAAGCAGCUUUAUAAAAAACAAACAACUGUGUGUGUGUAUGUAUCUAUUCUUGAGUGUAUCUGAGAAAUUGUCAAUUUUAUAAUUAUUAGAGAGCGGAUAAUGUGUGACUUUAACCCGAAGAAUAGGUCAAAUUUUGGUAGAGAUGUG